AUGAUUCCACAUAUUGCAGAUCCAUCCACUCCUGGAUUUUCAUACCUCUUUUUAUUUCAAUCUCAACAUCAAGUUGAUGUUGCUGAAAUUUUGGGAGAAUUCCCGCGAGCAUUUGAUGUUGCAUCAUUUGCAGUCCAGAAUUAUAAAGACGAUCCCACUCUUUUUAUUAAUGAAAAGAUCAAGGCGGAUAUCAGAGAUUUUACACAAAACAUUAUGAUUGAGAUUGGUGAGCCAGAAGAACCCAAAUGGGAACAUGGAAGUUGGGAUGGAGAUGAAACGGAAGAAGAAUUUAAAGAAAGAUUGCGUUUAUAUGAGGAAGAAAAAGUUAAAUGGUUAACUGUUAAUUCAUUUUUAUAUUUCUGUGGUCGUAAUGAUUAUAUCUAUGAAUAUAGAUUUCUAUAG